AUUUAAUCUGCGACAACAAAGCGCUGCUGAACACGGAAGUGAGUCAUUGUUCCCGCAAAGGUGAGUCGAUUGACUUGUUUAAACCAGAUCCAGACCCAGACCCAGACCCAGAUCCAGAUCCAGAUCCAGAUCCAGACCCAGACCCAGACCCAGACCCAGAUCAGACGACGCAAUGAAAUCACUCGGUGUCCUAACACUGUGUGUCCUGCUCGGGCCCGGCCUGGCUCUGAACUGCACCUGGGACCGCUCCGUGGACCCGGACCGGGUCCCGGACCGGGUCCAGGACGGAGACCCCGGGUUCCGCCUGGGGGAAGUGGAGGCGCUGGACCCGGAGCGCUGCCGGGAGAAGUGCUGCUCGAGGCCGGCCUGUGACGUCGCUGUGGUCGGGCUCCCGAUGGACGGGGGCCCGCAGUGUGAGCUGUGGAGCUGUGGGAACCAGGACCAGGACCAGAACCAGGACCGGCCAGUGUGCGUGUUCAGGCGCGGCUCCCAGUUCCAGGUGUUCCACAAGCAGGUGAAGAAAGUCCAGUCGAGCCCGGAGAAGCUGCACAUCGUCCCGCUGCUGAGCUCCGGUGACCCGGACCCGAGGAACGGCAGCAGCCACGUUGUGUGUCGCCUGCCGGUGAAGGUGGGCUUGUGUCGCGCUGCUUUCCCGAGGUUCUUCUACAACGUGACCGAACAGAAGUGCCGCAGCUUCGUGUUCGGAGGCUGCGACGCCAACGGAAACAACUUUGAGUCUGAAGCCGAGUGUGAGUCGACCUGCGGCAGCGUCACAGGUUCGUUUCUCCCUCCGGACUCCACCCCCGCUCCAGUUCCACGUCGGGUCAAAGCAGCUCGGAUGGUUCCAGCCGAGUCUGAAGCUGCUGCCACCGAGUCCGUUCAGCCUCACAACACAGAUCUGUCAGCUGAUGACUACGCAGAGCGCUGUGGGGCGGAGCCUGAGGUGGGUCCCUGCAGGGCGGCGUUCCAGCAUUGGUUCUACAGCCGCCACACGGGCACCUGUCAAUCAUUCAUCUAUGGAGGCUGCCGAGGAAACAAGAACAACCACAUCAGCCAGGAGAGCUGCAUGGCUGCGUGUGCAGUGUCCGUCCUGCCGUCCUCCAAGAAAUCAGCCGAUGAUGUUUCCACAGAAACUAAAGAUGAGUGUCUGUUGACCCCUGACCCCGGGCCCUGUCGAGCUGCCUUCCCACAGUUCUUCUUCAACCACAACACCGGACUCUGUCAGUCCUUCAUCUAUGGAGGCUGCAGCGGAAACAAGAACCGCUACGGAACCUUGGAGGAGUGCGUCCGCCACUGCAGCGAAGACAGUUCGUUUGACACUCGUGGGCGGAGUCGUAACCGCUGGACUGCAGCCUUCUUCCUCUUCAUCACUCUGGCCGUCAUAUCCGCUCUGCUGCUGGUGACGCUGGUCCUGGUCUCUGUGAGACGUCACCGUCUGUCCCACCGUCCCUCCAUCAGUGAUAAGGAGGAGCUGCUUCCUGACGACCAGUCGUCUGUCGAGUCUCUGAAUCUGCCAGAGAGUCCCAGACCAGACCAGGCCUGA